CUUUGGACAGAACCAAACCAUGCUUUUAGUCGGAGAAUAUAUGCCAACACUGGGCACCGCCCACCGUCAACUUCCAAUUUACCGAUGUUUGGAAAGGACUCGCGCUGCUCGUAUUUCAAACAUUGUGGACAUAUAAUAGCAAACAGUAUAACUGAUGGAAGAUAUCAAAAUUGACGCCGAAAGUAUUAUCAAAAUAGACGAGAUAAAAGAAGAAGUUGCUGAUCAAGCAGGAGAGGAUGAUUCUUAUUUGACAGAAGGAGGUUGGCCCAGUUUCGUAAAGAGAGAAGCGAAGGACGAAAAUGAAGAGGAGGAAUUAAAACCAUUGGUGAAAGUGUUUCUGGAUUCCAAGGAAGUGUCAAGUGGAAAGGUUGAGCCGCAAGAUGAGGACUCUCUAGCAAUGUGCAAUGAAAAUUUUCAAGAAAGUAGGUCACGUUCUUUUGGUGAAGAUUACGGGUUUGGCAGCUCCUGCCAGUCUCCUCGAUUGGAAGAAGCUGAAACUAAGUGUAAUGGAAACGAACUAACACUCACGAAUGCACAAAACAACUCAAAUGCUGCACUCCUUUAUUGCUCUUUCUGCCAAAAGCACUUUUCCCGAAGAUAUCAUUUAGUUAGACAUUUGCAGAUUCACAGCGGUGAACGACCUCAUCAAUGCUCAGUUUGUCCAAAGAGAUUUGUCCAGAAAGGUAGUCUAGUUCAACACAUGCGAAUCCACAGCGGUGAACGUCCUUUUCAAUGUUCAGUUUGUCCAAAGAGCUUCGCCCACAAAAGUAGUCUAAUUGAACACAUGCGGAUCCACAGCGGCGAACGUCCUUAUGAAUGCACAGUCUGCCGAAAGAGCUUCGCAAGUAGAAGUAAUUUAGACAAGCACAUGCAGAACCACCGCGGUGAACGCCCUCAUCAAUGCUCAGUUUGUCCAAAGAGCUUCGCUCAAAGAUGUGUUUUAGUUCAACAUAUGCGGAUCCACAGCGAUGAUCGCCCUCAUCAGUGCUCAAUUUGUCAGAAGAGUUUCGUCCAAAGAGGCGAUUUAGUUAAACACGUUCGGAUCCACAGCGGUGAGCGCCCUUAUGAAUGCUCCAUCUGCCAAAAGAACUUCGCAGAUGGAAGUAAUUUAGUUUCGCACAUGCGGACCCACAGCGAUAAACGCCCAUAUCAAUGCUCAGUUUGUCAAAAGAGAUUUAAUUACAGAAGUGCUUUAGUUUCGCACUUAAGGACUCACAGCGGUGAACGCCCUCAUCAAUGCUCAGUUUGUCAAAAGAGCUUCGCCCGAAGAGAUAAUUUAUAUAAGCACAUGCGGAUCCACAGUGAUGAUCGCCCUCAUCAGUGCUUAAUUUGUCAAAAGAGCUUCGUCCAAAGAGGCGAUUUAGUUAAACACAAUCGGAUCCACAGCGGUGAACGCCCUUAUGAAUGCUCCAUCUGCCAAAAGAACUUUGCAGAUAGAAGUAAUUUAGUUACGCACUUGCGGAUCCACUGCGGUGAACGCCCUCAUAAUGCUCAGUUUGUGAAAAGAGUUUCGAUGGAAGAGGUGAUUUGGUUAAACACAUUCGGAUCCACAUCGGUUAGUGCUCCAUCUGUCGAAGGAGCUUCGCACAAAGAGUAGACUUUGUUCAUACCAUUCGGAUCCAUAUUUUAAAAAAAAAGUUCUCCUUAUUUAUAAUAAUAAUUAUUAUUUAUAUUAUUGUGACUAUCAUUAAUACAUUAUCAAGUCAAUUAUUUUUAAAUUUCAUUUAAAUAUAUUUUCUCAAAAUGUAUUUUAGGAAACAGGCUUUGUUUAACUUUUCAGGCCCUCACUAAAGUGGGGGCCCGGGAGGGUGGUUGCCCCACCCUCUGGAUGCCCCUGCGGCAAGGGUCGCUUCGCUAUGUAAAUGUGUCAAUGCGUAAUGUGUUAGAAAUUCUGGGAAAAUGUUUUAAAUUCCUCUUUUCUCCCUGA